ACAGAGAUACUUCUCACUGUUACUUCACAGAGAAAAUACAGUUCACAGUAUCAUGGGUGUCCGUUUUCCCGGAAUUGUUCCAGCCAAGCAGAUUCUGCAGCGAGUUCUUCCUAGUCCACGUAUUAAAGAUGUACCCAAAGGCCACUUUGUUGUUUAUGUUGGAGAAAUAUGCAAGAAGCGGUUUGUAGUUCCAAUAUCUUAUUUGAAGCAUCCUUCAUUCCAUAAUUUGUUGAGUCAAGCUGAAGAAGAGUUUGGGUUUGAUCAUCCUAUGGGAGGUCUCACAAUCCCAUGCAACGUAGAAGACUUCAUUGAUCUCACUCAUGGCUUGAAUAGCUCAUGAGCAAAGAUCAAGAGAAGAAAUUAUGAAAAUAGCUAGCACGAGUACUGUAACUAUGUGACAUCAGCUAACCAACAAUGAAUCCCCCCAAUUUUGAAGUAAGGGAGUUGGAUUGAAUCUUGUGAAGCCCUUGUAAACUUCUUUUUAUUUAUUAUUUAUUUUUCUGUAAAGCAUAGAGGAAGUUUUAAUCUUCAUCAAACAUCUUGUGUGCCUUUUUUUCCUCUC